AGCAAAUUCACGAUAGGUUGUGUUUAAUCAGGUGAUUAUUAGCAUAAAACAUCGACGAGCAUUAUCACCAUAUUGUUAGGUACAUAAGUUACUAUUUUGCGCUUUCGUGCAAGAAUCCUCAGUAAUGCUUAGACUGUGGUGAUCGAUAGGCUAGUCGGUGACAUAACAGAUAUCCGUGCAAAUAUGGCUCACCAUCUCUUACCAUUAAUUAGACAGACGUUUGUAAUGACGUCGGCGAUUUUCCAAACACUAGUGUGUGGGCUAAUCCUGGGGUUCCCCACCAUAUUAUUUGCUGCGCUAACUCAACCCGACUCUGAUAUUAAAGUUGAUGAAAACACCGCGACCACGAUUGUGGCCAUCCGCGGAAUCGGAUUUUUCACGUUCUCCAUACUGAUUUUCGUGGUGCUACAGAAGAUCGGAAGAAGACGCACUCAGAUCCUGAGUGUGCUGCCCGGCAUCGUGGGCUGGAUCCUGUGCUACUUCGCACACUCCGCCCUCCAGCUCAUGGUCAUGCACGUCAUGCUAGGCCUCCACCUGGGAGCGGCCCUGUCUGUCGUCACCAUGGUCAUCGGAGAAUACUCGUCACCAAGAUACAGGGGAGUAUUCUUAAUGGUAAAAACUGCAUUCAUUGCAUCUGGAGUGGCAACUGUGCACAUUCUAGGAGCAUACUUUCAUUGGAGAAUUGUAGCACUGAUGGCUCUGAUUCCUAACGUGCUGAGUCUUGCUAUAGCACCGUUUUGGCCGGAGAGUCCCUAUUGGUUGGCGAGUGUCGGAAGAUUUGAUGAAUGUAUCGCAGCUUUUUACUGGUUAAGGGGGAAAGGAGCAGAAGACCAAGAGGAGCUGGAUGACUUGCUGAAUAAACAUAAAGAGAGGAUUGCCGCAGAGGGCACCAAUCAAGGCAUAAUAAGGUCUAUAAUGAGACACUUAAUGUAUUUGAAGAAUAGAGACUUUUUAAAACUUGUGCUUUUGGUGAUGAUGAUGAACAACCUCGUAGAAUUCAGCGGCCGAUAUGUGCUGAACACAUAUUCGAUAUCAAUACUGCAAACAAUAACUGACAGCCAGGAUAUGGCCUAUAAGAUUACAAUCUUUCUAGAUUUAUUAACUCUAGUCUUAAGUUUUGCUACAGCUAUUCUUGUAAAAGUGAUGAAGCGCAGAACUAUAUUGUUUAGCACAAGUUUAAUGAGUAUGGUAUGUUUGUUCAUCUGUUCUUUGCUCUUGUAUUUGAAGACGCAUAAUAUGAUUCCGUCGUACUUUAAAUGGGUGGCCAUUAUAAUUUAUUCAGUAUACAUAGCAGCUAUGAGCAUUGGAGUUCUGCCGAUAGUCAUUGGAUAUUUUGGAGAAAUAUUUCCAGUUCUGUACAAGCCUUUAGCUGGUAUGCUGGUGGGUGCGUAUGGUGUGGCUUUGAACUCAUUUAUGAACAAAGUGACGCCGCCGCUGAUGACCGGGUUGGGACCCCACGGCACGUUUCUUGUCUUCGCAAUUAGCAUGUUCCUAUGCCUUUGCUUCUUGUAUCCCAAUUUACCAGAAACCAAAGACAGGACGUUGCAAGACAUUGAAAAUAAAUGGGAAGUAGAAUGUGGUAAAACAAAAAAUACAAAAAGACAUUCCGUGAAUACCGAAAUGGUAUUAUUAAGUAAAAAAAAUAUUGGUCAACCUUGAAUGGCAGCACAUAUACGUUUCGUUCCUCUACAACGGUAAAUCGUGUAAAUAUAAAAAACCGGGUUAACAGAGAUCUCCUAGGUUUGAAGGCCAAAGAGCUGAAACUCUACAAGGUAAACUGAUAGACAAACAUACAGACUACAGAAGGUUGGUAGUACCACGGAUCAUCAAAACUAUGUAUUAUUGUGAAACAUAGUAGUGUGUAAAGUGCAUGUAAAAAUGAUUUUUAUGUAUUGAUAUUUUAGAAUUAAGAAAAUAUGCAAAUUAUUUCCUGCUUCAUACCAAAUGAUUAUUACUAGUAACAUAGAAAAUUUACAAUUACAAAUCGAGUCAAAGACAUUUACAAAUGCAAAAACCUAUUUUAGAAUUAUAGAUUAGUGUAGUAGCUUACCUAAGUUAGAAUUGUAUUAUAGCAUAAAAUUAAAUUGAUAAGUAUUAAAAUUA